UAUCUGCAAUGCAUUAAAAUCCGGGUGUCGUUAGGCUCGUGGAGAUUCGUCGCUUUUCCUGUGGUAGCGUUAGUGCGUUUCAUCGCUAUCUCUUCCUGUAAUAAGAAGAAAUAAAAGAUGGAGCAAACCCGUGUUAAACGGUGGCCUCAAUAUGUAGCAGCGAUCACAGCUACCAUAUCGCUGGCGACUACUGGAGCUCAUAUAGGUUGGACGUCACCUAUCUUGCCAGUACUGAAAUCGCCCGAUUCGCACGUACCGAUAACAUCAGACGACGCCUCUUGGAUCGCCUCAUUUUAUCUUUUGGGUACCAUACCCGGAUGCAUUCUGGCAGCUUUCAUCGUCGACUGGCUAGGUCGCAAAACGAGCUUAUUGAUAGCCGGACUCCCCUUGACUGUCGGAUUUAUCUUGAUCAUCGUAGCAUGGAAUCCCUACGUUCUCUAUGCCUCUCGUUUCAUCAGCGGUAUCGGCCAGGGUGUGGUAUACGUCGUCUGUCCGAUGUACAUCGGCGAGAUCGCCGAUAAGGAGAUUCGUGGCGCUCUUGGCUCCUUCAUCAAGCUGAUGGUGACUUUCGGGGAAUUAUAUGCCCACGCGGUGGGCCCGUUCGUCUCCUAUGAGUGCCUGGCCUAUGUCUGCCUGCUGAUCCCGCUGAUAUUUUUCCUGACCUUCACGUGGAUGCCCGAGUCGCCGUACUUCCUGCUGAUGCGAAACCGCCACGACGACGCGGUGACCAGUCUGAAAAGACUGAAACAUUGCGUUACUGAGGAUCAGCUAGAGGAGGACCUGGAACAAAUGCAGAAGACAGUGAUCCGCGAUCUCAGCGACCGUGGCCACUUCUGGGAUCUAUUCAACACACCUGGCAACAGACGCGCCGUCAUCAUCAGCUUCGGGCUGCAACUGGUCUUGCAGUUCAGCGGUAUCGCGGCGAUUGAAUCGUACACUCAAGAAAUCCUUGAAGAGGGUGACGCGGGUAUACCCGCGAGCAACGCGGUGAUUCUGCUAAGUUUGCUGCAAUUGAUUGCUGGUGUUGGUGCGGCAGCACUCGUCGACAAGCUCGGCAGAAGACCAUUACUGCUGGUCACCACUUUUCUAGGUGGUGUCGCACUUACCAUUGCUGGCACCUUUUAUCUCCUGAAAUUCCAAUUCGAGCUGGACAUAACCGGAUAUGGCUGGGCUCUUCCUUCUUCCGUGAUAUUCUACGAGCUAAUCAUCGCUCUCGGUCUGAACCCGCUGUCGUACAUGAUGUUGGGAGAGCUAUUCCCGACAAACGUGAAAGGUGCCGCCGUGUCGUUGGCCAAUCUGAUCUCCUCUCUGCUGGCCUUUAUCGUGUCCAAACUGUACCAGGUGAUCUCCGACUUCUGCGGAGUGUACGCGGCCUUCAGCUGGUUCGCCAUCAGCUGUUUCCUCGGCGUGAUCUUCAUCGCGCUAGUCGUUCCCGAGACCAAGGGCAAAUCAUUGCUGGAAAUCCAGGAAGAGCUCAAUUGCAAGAAGAAGAGGAAGGAAAUGAAGAACGGCGCUAAAGACGAGCAGCAAAUCCGAAUAAGUACGAUAGCUUAGGUCGAUAGGCGAGAAGUAAGGUCGCGAGGUUUACGAAAAUUUCACGCACGAUAAUUUUCAAACGAUAGCAAUAAGCGACGCGGAUUAUGGGACAUUCGACAGGGAACCUAAAGGCGGCCGAUCGCCCUUCCGGUUACAAUGGUUCGGGUCAUAAAGCGGACGAGCAAUAUUUCCAACGGUAAGAUCAACUGCAAUAUUUGAGUAUACAAUUGGAUUGUCGCUUCGAUAAGAUAACAAUGAAACGUCAUACUACCGUUUUGCAAGACAAAAUUAUUAUUUUGCAAAUCACAAGAACCGGAGAGCUUUCCCUGUCAAAAGUCAACGAAUUCGCGUGUAUUUUUAUACAGAAAUUCGGAAGAAAAUUUUAAGAAUCUCUACGUUGCAAAAUCUAAUUGCAAAAUCUCAAGUUUUAAUCGAAGUCCGUUAUUAUGGAAAUGUUUUAUUUUCCAAUUUUUAUUCGCUAACUACAAAACUCAACUAUAUGAAACUCAAAUCAAAGUCUAAAACGUAGAAAUUACGAUUUGGAGGGGAAAUUCCUCAGAUGAAAGUUAGCUUAUAAGAUUUUAUUAAUGUUUAAGAAAGGGCUCUUAUAUUCCAUUGAAAAAGGCGCUUCGAUCGACGUAACGAGAUCAUCGAGUGAGCAUUUCUCGAUCAAGAUAUCAUCGUACGAUAUUUACGAUAUUUAAAGAGAACCAUUUAAAGAGAACCAUUAAUUCGUGAUAAUGGCGUGUCUGUUUGAAUUGGAUUUAAACUUUAAACGCGCAUAACGCUUGUCACUUGCACAAACAUAUCUUCAUCCAAAUAUAGUAAUUUAAAUAUAUGCUAAUUUAAAGUCACGUGUCGAGCUACGUGCAAUCUACCAGAAUGACAAUGACGCAAAUUUAAUGUAAAUUUAAAAUUUCAUUCUUUCUCAUUGCUAGCAUCGACAACACAUAAAACUCGAUCUCUUUAUUUGAUUUUGAAUGUUUUGAGCAAAUUACCAAGAAGUUUAUCAGUUAUUUACGUGUGAUUGGUACAUAUUUUUAUCAGAACAUAUGUUUAUGUUCCAGGAGCCAAUCAUUAUGUAUUCACAAUAUUCACUAAACAUUUUUUUCCUUCUUAUUAAUUUAUUUAUGGAAAAACGUAUACAUCAUUGUAUAAAUAAUUGUUUCUAUUCUUGAUUUUGAUUUUGAGAUAAUUAUGCUAUCUCAACGCGAUGUUAACUCGAUCGUGUAAAAGCUCAUUCAGAAGCAAUCUCGGCCGAGAAUAAUGCAAAUUUACAGUGUGUCCGGUGGUUUCCGAAGAACCGGAUCUAAUAAAUCAACCCUUCGGAAUCUAUCGUACAUCCAACGUGCGUUAGCUAGGGCCCCAAACAUGGUAGAGCAAUCUUGCAUGACCAUCUUUUUUUCCCUUUCAGGCAGGGUUAAAGUUAAGUUUGAGACUGAUAGCUUUUAAUUAAUCGUAAAGUAUUUAUUCAUCGCUCUGGGUGAGCUCCGAACAGGCAAAACAAGUUCAUGGAUUCCAACUAAAAAACCGCCGCUCUAUUUCCAUACAUGUAUGAUAUGAUAUAUUCCUAACGUGUUGAGUCAGUCAAAAAAUUCGAUUCGAUUUUUGCUUAAAUUUUACUUUAUUGCAUUAAGUAGAACCAAAUUAUUCAUCACCAGCAAUCCAUGAUCAACAACGAUGGUGAUUAUUUGCUUGAUAAUCGCAUGAAUAAUUUGCCUACUGAAUCUACUGAAUAUAAAGUAAAAUUCGACUCAAAUAUCGAACCGAAUGUUUUGACCGAAUUCGAAAUAUCUCGCGCCUUCAAACUUAUCGCAUAGAGUAUCCAAAAGCGAUAAAAUAAAAACGCAGGAGAUAAAAUAAGCAGCGAGGAAUCCUCAGAGGAAGAAAAAAGAAAGAAAAGACAAAAUCCUGUUCGGCGCAAUACCACGGCGAUUAGAAACAGCUUGUUUAUCCCUUUCAGGCAGGGUGUGAAACAAACAACCUGACAUAACGCUUACGAUUAAACGUUAUUGAUGAAUAGAGUGUGUGAUCCGCGCGCAUCCCUCGCCGGGGUACGCGCUCACACCUAUAUGGCCCUGAUGCAAGAAGGAUCUGCGACGAGCACUGUGGCAUGACGAAUAACUUAUACUUCCCUUUUAGGCAGGGUGAGACAUAACGUUGUAAGAAUAGCUUCGGCGUAGAAUAUAACUGGCCCGUUACUAGAGUUAAAGAAAACGUUCGCGUUUCGGCGCGUGUUAUAAACCUGCUCGGAGUACCGGAGCACGCGUGCUGCCCCGCGCCCGAGAAUAAGUGCUCGCCAAUAAUAAAGUGGUUCGUCCGACCGACGCGAGGAAUCCGAUUGGUCUCAUAAUCGGGUUAAUGGGCAACUCUCCGCCACCGGGGAGGAGGGGAUUUAUUUGUGCCCCCGCUGCUGACGCGAUCCACCUGUUACGUGCAUAAGAAGAAUACGUGCAUACGUACUAGCUCGUUUUUGACGAAGCGAGCAACGAAAACAGCGUGGAUAAUCAGCAGUCUGCACAAGUCACGAGGUGGCUCACUUUUAUUAUUGCGACUUGUAAUGCGAAGCACGCCUAUACUCUUAAUAAGCUGCAUCUUAACUCGAGUAUGUUCAAGUAUGUUCACGCUAUUGCACGACUCUCUACACGUCCCUUUUAGGCAGGGUUCAACGAUCAACCGAAUUUUACUUCGACACAGAUUUCUACAAUGUAGAAGUUUGCAAUAUACGUUGACAAUAAAUAAAGAAACUCACCGUAAAGUCUGUAAUCA